AUGUAUGGGACCUGCAAUACCUAUGAAGCACAAAGCCCCUUUGAUGCCCCCUUUCAUGAAACAUCCCCUCCAACAUCUCCUUUGCUACUCCCCAGCCAGCGGUCCUCGCAUAACCUACUACGGAAAGCCGCUGUAAACACCCCGCCGCCUCCGCCUCAGAAAUCAUCUAAUCGACUGCAGACAAGGCCCCUGGAGAAGAUUAGGCCUUUAGUGGACGAUGUUUCUGACAAGUCAUACUUUCUUUUUACCCUUGUGGAGCCAGCAGCGUCGUGCUCGAGGGUAGAGUCAACUGUGUUCCUAGUGAUAGAGGAUGGUGUGGUGAUCAGGCAUAAGCUCCUGAAGCCGUUCCCGCGGGAAAAGGGCCAGACGAAGCAACGGAAAAACGUCGUUCAGAGGGCGCUGGGCUGGGCAAACCAGGGCUAA